AGGAACAGCUGCAUAGUGGUCUUCGUUCACCGAAUUUCUUUGCACAGCACAUUAUAUUUUAUCAUUUUAUCUUAGGUAUUAUAGUAACGAUCACUGAAUAGACAUUAAAAUGGUUGAUCGCGAGCAGCUGGUUCAGAAAGCCAGGCUAGCAGAGCAGGCUGAAAGAUAUGACGAUAUGGCAGCAGCCAUGAAAUCGGUGACAGAGCUGAACGAGGCCUUGUCCAAUGAGGAGAGGAAUCUUUUGUCUGUGGCCUAUAAGAAUGUUGUAGGGGCCCGUCGUUCUUCCUGGAGGGUUAUCUCCAGCAUCGAACAGAAGACCUCUGCUGAUGGCAACGAGAAGAAGAUUGAGAUGGUAAGGGCAUACCGUGAGAAGAUAGAGAAAGAGCUUGAAGCAGUAUGCCAAGAUGUGCUCAACCUUCUAGACAACUUCCUGAUCAAAAACUGCAGCGACACCCAGCACGAGAGCAAAGUUUUCUACCUGAAAAUGAAGGGCGACUACUACCGUUACCUGGCCGAGGUGGCGACCGGCGAGAAGAGGUCCACCGUCGUGGAAUCGUCGGAGAAAGCCUACAACGAGGCUCACGAGAUCAGCAAAGAGCACAUGCAGCCCACUCACCCCAUCCGUCUCGGAUUGGCCCUCAACUACUCUGUGUUUUACUACGAGAUCCAGAACGCCCCCGAGCAAGCCUGCCACCUCGCCAAGACGGCCUUCGACGACGCCAUCGCCGAGCUCGACACCCUCAACGAGGAUUCCUACAAAGACUCAACACUCAUCAUGCAGCUACUCCGAGACAACUUAACACUGUGGACAAGCGACCAGCAGGACGAUGAAGGAGGGGAGGGCAACAAUUAAAAAGCUUUGUCAUUUCUGUAAAGAAAAAGUAGAAUGGCUGGUGGACUUUGGCAGCAGCUUUAUGCCAUUGUUUCCUCUGCAGCAGCAGUUCUUUAUUUUUCCACGAGUUAAAAGAAAAAAAAAAAUAUCGAGGGUGGUUAAGGGGCUGAAGUCUUAGUUUGAAUAUAUUACAGAAAUAUAUAUAGUUGAAAGGGCCUCCUUCUUCUUGGUUAUCUUCGACAUUUGCCAAAACCACUGAGAUGUCAGUCAAUCAGCCAGAAGUGGUCGUUGUUGGUUUGGAUUGGCAGCCUGACACUGGCAUGUGGACUGAUGUAGAUCAAAGGGAAGCUGCUUAUUUAAGUUUUUGAAUGGUAAAAAAAAAAAAUACCACAUUUUAAUGGUAAGCUGAAAAAAAUCAUGAACGAGAUCAUGGAAAACUAGUUCACAGUGGCUCCAGUUUUACGUUCAGAAGUAGUAAUAUCACACUAAAGAGGUAAAGAUUUGUUGACGAUUUAUUGAUUUAGGAUAUAUCUAGAUAUCGAGUAGUAACUGGAUUCAAAGUAAAUGCUAUUCAUAGAGUUUAAAGCGGAUGUGAUUAGCCUAUAUCUAAACACUCAAGUAAUGAAUUUCAUAGUAAACAAUUCAGACUUAAACCUUGGUGUCACACAUUCACUACACUCUGAUGUGACUGGAACUAUGGGCAGUUGAAAUGGUCAAGAUACAAUAAAAGGAAGAGACUUAUCUGUUAAAAAAAAAAAUAGAAAAAUAUUGCAGCUUCAGAAUUUGUGGUUUACUUCUGUGUUUAAUUUAUUUUUGCACUUGCCAACUAUACUGUUUUGUCAGUGUAAGAUAAUACUAUAAUAAUAUCAAUGAUUCAAUAUUGUGCAUGCAUGUGAUGUAUUUCUAUACAAUAGCUUGACUUUAUUAAC